GGUCAGCCGGGUGGCACCCACCAUCAGCUACACUGAGAUGCGAAGCUGAGGGACGUGUCCCAAAGCCUCAGCCCAAAGCUCAUCCUAAAAUCAACACCUGGGACAAAUGCAACAGGUGAAUCCCAGAGCCCACUUCAGGGAGGUCCUGGCUUCGACAAGACAUGAUACAAUGCGGCUGGAUAUGAGAGGAAACCGAGGUCUCGCCCUAGAUACUUCCACAUAGGAAUUUAUACAAACACAGGGAAGGAGCAUGUCGUCCUUGUUCUUGAGGAGCACCAAGAGCCUGGUGAGAGAGCUGGGCAGGAAGGGUGAGCUGGUGCCUGUGGACAGCCUGAACAGCUCCCAGCGCCUGCGCCCCUUCUGCUUGGUAAGGAAGAAACACAAGCAUCACUUCUGGCCUUGGGACACGCCCCUCAUCCCCACAGACUUCUCCCUCCUGGAUGUGCUGGAGCCUGGCUGCCCUGACCCAGAGGUGAGCCACAGCAGGCCCAUCUACACCUGGGAGAAGGAGGCAGGGGGAUUGGCAGGGGCUGUGAGCCUCAGCGCUGGGCUGCAGGGCCAGGUGACCGGAAGCGGGAAGAGCACCUGCCUCUCUGCCUUGGCUGUGCAGACACUCUGGGUCUCCCCUUGCACCUGGGAGAUGCUACUUGAGAAGAGGAAACUGAAGUCGCCUAGGCCCUCCUUCCUCCGGGAACUACAGAGCCGGAAGGAGAGGGAGAGCCUUUAUGUGGUAACUGAGGCUGUGGAGACCCUGCAAGAUACCAUACUUCAGAGCCACGGCCAAAUGCUAGGAGCUGGACAGCUGUCCCUCCUUCAUCUGGGCCAUGUUCAGGUCCAGGGACAGAGCCUUGUGGACACAGAGAAGAUGGUGAGCAUCCCACAGGGCAGUGUACUGGCCUACAGGGUUCUGCAGCUGCUGGUGGAAGAAGACGGCUGGGCUGUUCGUUACUUCCCUGAAAGAAAGCUCUGCAGGAACAUUGGGGUAGGUAAAGCCUUCAGUCAGGAAUCAGGAGAGGAGUCUAGCUUCUACGGUUUGCGGGACAAAGCAGCUAGCCAGUUGCAGGACCUGGUCACACUGUCCUCCAAGCAACGGGACACAUUGUUGGGUGCCCUCCAGGAGCUACUACAAGAUCGCCAGGCACUCCAGGAGCUGGAGGACACGCUGGAACAAGCUCUGGACACGGGGCUGCUGGCACAGCUGGAGGGCCCUGGAGGCUGUGUCUUAAGCAAUCUCCAAGACUCUACAGGCAACUUGUCGUGCUCGACAAGCAGGGCUGUCCUCUUCAUUCUUGGAGCCCUAGCAGCACUGAGUGAACCCCAGCAUUGCCUGUUGGCCGAGUCCAUAGAAAGACAAAUCCUAUCUGAGGAACUGGAGCUGGAGUACUCUGUGCUCUGAAGAGUAAAGAUGUGGUCCUCAUCCUAAGCCUGAUGCAGAGCUGUGGGCUGGAGCUGGAGAAGUCUGGCUGCCAGUUCACCUGGGACCCUACAGUGGUGCCUCAGCUUUCUGCACUCUAUGGGUGCCUCACAGGGAUGCAGCUACUGGCUGACCCACGCCCUGGGCUUUCUAGGACACUGCCUGAAGAGGAAACACUUAUCUGUCCCUAAGGUCUCAUCCAAUCCUAUGCAUGGCAGCCUAGGAUGUCAUUGACCCUGUCACAGCUGAUGACAGGGUUCUACCAGGAGAGGUUCCACACUACACUUAAGACUGGUUUCAGACAUUAGAACACUUAUUCAGAACAAGUAUCCUGAAUAGGGAUUCUUUCUAAGCAGUGCAGGCUGGCUGCAGAACAGUUUGGCCGUGUAUCUUAGGCAGCAUAGUCCCCUCUUGUGCUCAUGUAAGAUCAGCCAUUGUAAAAGGAGAUUUGUGGUAAUUCCAUGGCGCAAGAAACUUUCUGAAUUAUAUGUGACAUGCUUAC